GAAUUCGAAUAAGCAAAGCAUAAGACAAAUACCAUAGUUUAUAUAGCUCUCUGCAUCUUUCACUUCAGUUUCACGCACUUUCCACAAGAACUGAUCAGUGAGAGAGAAAAUGGCAGGUGGUGGUGAAGAAAACGUUACCGAGAUUGUGAUCAACGACGAAGCUCACGACUUUCGCUCGAUACUCUCUUCUUCUGAGAGAGACUUUCUUGUCCGCAACAAUGGCGAUCAGGUUAAAAUUGAGAGCUUGAACAGGAAGAAGUUGGCAUUGUAUUUUUCAGCAUCAUGGUGUGGCCCCUGUCGCCGAUUUACCCCAAUUUUAAUUGAGGUGUACAAUGAACUCUCUUCAAAAGGUGAUUUUGAGGUCAUUUUUGUCUCGGGUGAUGAAGAUGAGGAGUCCUUCAAAGGGUACUUCUCCAAGAUGCCAUGGCUUGCAAUCCCAUUUUCAGAUUCAGAGACACGUGAUCGCUUGGAUGAAUUGUUUCAGGUUAGAGGCAUACCUCACUGUGUAAUCCUUGAUGAAGAUGGGAAAGUUUUGAGUGACAAUGGAGUUGAGAUCAUUCAGGAGUAUGGAAUUGAAGUGUAUCCUUUCACACAACAAAAGAUCAAAGAUUUGAAAGAUCAAGAGGAAGCAGCCAGGAAGAAUCAGUCCUUGAGAUCUAUCUUGGUAUCCCGCUCACGUGACUUUGUCAUUUCAUCUGAUGGAAAGAAGGUGCCUGUCUCUGAACUUGAAGGAAAGACAGUAGGUCUGUAUUUCUCAUUGUUCUCGUACAAGGCUUGUGAUGAUUUUACUCCAAAACUUGAUGAGGUUUAUGAAAAAUUGAAAGCAAAGGGAGAGAACUUUGAGAUUGUGUUGAUACCACUUGAAGAGGAUGAGGAAUCAUUCAAUCAAGGCUUCAAAAGCUUGCAUUGGUUUGCACUACCUGUCAAGGACAAGAGCUGUCAAAAGCUGGCUCGGUACUUUGAGCUCGCAACCCUCCCCACUUUGGUUAUUAUAGGGCCAGAUGGGAAGACUCUUCAAUCCAAUGUUGCUGAAGCAAUUGACGAACAUGGGGUUCUGGCAUACCCGUUCACGCCAGAAAGGUUCACAGAGCUUGCUGAGGUGGAGAAGGCAAAACAGGAAGCUCAAACCCUGGAGUCAAUUUUGGUUUCAGGAGAUCAAGAUUUUGUCAUUGGAAAAGAUGGAGUCAAGAUUCCAGUAACAGAUUUAGUGGGAAAAAACAUCCUACUUUACUUCUCAGCACAUUGGUGCCCUCCAUGUCGCGCCUUUCUACCAAAACUUAUGGAUGCAUACCACAAGAUCAAGGCAAAGGAUGAUGCCUUUGAAGUGAUUUUCAUCUCUAGUGACAGGGACCAAGCCUCUUUUGAUGAAUUCUUUUCAGGAAUGCCUUGGCUAGCGCUUCCCUUUGGUGAUCCUAGGAAGGCAUCCUUGAGUCGUACUUUCAAGGUCCAUGGCAUUCCCCUGCUUGUAGCCGUUGGACCAAGUGGCAAGACUGUCACGAAAGAAGCUCGAGAUAUUAUAAUGAUUCAUGGGGCUGAUGCUUAUCCUUUUACUGAUGAGCGGUUGAAGGAGAUUGAGGCACAAAUUGAGGAGUUGGCAAAGGGGUGGCCUGAGAAGUUGAAACACAAACUUCAUGAGGAGCACGAGCUUGUGCUUGCUCGUCGUAGGAUUUAUACAUGUGAUGGGUGUGGUGAGGAGGGAAAUGUCUGGUCAUAUUACUGUGAUGAGUGUGACUUUGAUCUUCAUCCAAAGUGUGCCUUGAAAGAAGAAAAAGGAGCCAAUGAUGAUUCCAAGGAGGAAGAAAAUCCCCACGAAGGAUGGAACUGCGAUGGAGAAACCUGCUUCAAAGUUUAAUAAUACCGUAUCUUAAAUUUGAGAUCAUUUGAUCUUUAGUGUCCUUUCCUUUUCCUGAGUUAUUUGCUUGUGAAUUGUGGUGUAAGUCUUAAGUCUUAAGUUUUUAAGUGUGCUAUGUGGUUAUAAUGGCCUCUCAUGUUGAAUAUAGGGCCAGCCUAAAAGUUAUUAUGCAUACUGAUGCAAGUGCUAAUGGUUUAAGUUAUUAGACUAUUCGCAAAUCCACGUGUUGCUUGGAAAUAAAUGAAUGUGUAAUUAUUUUGUAAUGUAAUAUAAUGUAUCAUUUAUUUUCUAAA